CGCUCACAACCCAGCGGGAUGCCACCCAAAGCGAAGCGGCUGACGAAGAAGGAGCAGCAGGCGCUUGCGCGGAAGACGGCGCUGGCUCACGCCAACAGCGUCGAUGACUUCAUGCUUGAGUUUGCGCCGUUCGCCACGUACGCAGCCGGCGACGUUCCCGUGGGCCUGCGAUCGCUGCCAGCCUCGCGCCUCACGCCAGACGAGAAGACCAAGAUCGAGGCGCUCUUCUGCGCCAAUAUGCAGAGCUUCUACGAGCAGUCGUCAUGGGGCUUCGACAUGGCCGCCAAGCGCGCCGAGCUCUUUGAUCCGGCGGCGCGGUACCUCGUCGCGGGCGACGUCGACGCAUUCGUGCACUUUCGGUUCGUCGAGGACGACGGCGCCGAGAUCGUGUACGUUUACGAGCUUCAAAUUGGCGUAGCGCUGCAGCGGCGCGGGCUCGGGAAGCGGCUCAUGCAGCUGUUGGAGCUCAUUGCGCGGCGAUACAAGAUGAAGUGGAUCGUCUUGACGGUCUUCAAGGCCAACGCGUCAGCGGUGCAGUUCUACACCAAGACCAUGCAGUACGAGGUCGACGAGACGUCGCCGAGCCAGCACGAGGACCACGAAGCGUCAUACGAGAUCUUAAGCAAACAACUCGAGUGACCAUGCUGCUGCCACGUCAUCAGUAUCAACCGACAAUAU